GUUAGUGCAGCACGUGAGAUGUCUAAUUUAAGAUUAGCUUUGGAGAUAAAAAGUUUUUUUUGUCAAGGUGUUUCUGCAGCUGAACUUCCAAAAACAGGUAUGGGAAGGCGGAAGUGUGGUCUGUGUUGGUGGAAAUCGUGGCAAUGCCUGCUGACGCUGGCACUGGUGGCACUGGUGGCACUGAUGCUUCUCUCUCUCUUCAUCGUAUACCCAACUGGCUACGACAUGACACAAGAAAGAAAGUUGGGUGAAAAAUCUCUGAGCUGCCCUGCCCAGUGUCCGCCAUGUUCCACUCCUCUCACACCACCUCAGCACAGAUCAUUACCAGUAGCUCUCAAGAGAAGACUUGCUGACACCAUUGGCACUGUACAGCGCCAGAUAGCUCGCCUGGCAGGUACUCAGGCUGUAGUGGACGCCAAGUGGGCUCUUACACUGGCAGCUCUUGUAGAGGAACUAGACCCCAGAAGGGUAACCUCAGCCAAGAACAACUGGGAUCAUUCUGCCAGACUUCCGGACAUGAAACCUGCUCCAGCCGCUCGCAGUAACACUAGGCAUGUGUGUCCUGAGGUGUACUUUGGGAAAUCAUACGAUCAUCCAUUUCACCAGCACGGUAUGGAGCCUGAUAACUGCACCUAUGUACCACCGUUAAGCAAAGUUAUCACUGCGGUGCUCCCGGGUCUGUUCUGGCCUAAGGAAGUCAUCAACUUUGUAAUUGCACAGAUCAGAAAAUACUAUGACAUUCCUAUUAUUGCUUUGGUGCAGCAAGGAUUAGCAGCAGAAAUAAAAUUGCAGAACGUUAGAGUUGUACAUUCUACGAAUAAAAAUACAGAUGCAAAUAUUCUUAAUAAUUUAAUAAAGGAGGUUAAAACACCUUAUGUAUUCAUCGGAUCGUCGUUGGUACACUUCAGCAACCAGUCGUCCCUGGAGCGACUGGUAAGGGUACUGGAUGAACUGGAUCACGUGGAGGUGGCCGGAGGUGCUGCAAGAGAUAUCCAGGGCCACUGGACCCAUGGCUGUUUGCAGCAACGCAUGGCCUUCUACCAGUCCACCUACACAAUGGGAUAUUAUUAUUCUAAAUUUGAGUGUAUGUACUGCGAUGACGUGUUAACUCCAUUUGUGGCUAGUACCAAGUUGAUGAAGAAGGUGACCUUCAGCAGUGACCUUAGCGGCCCUGCUAUGUAUCGUGACUGGUUUAUCAAGGUAGGUGAAGCAGGCCACUUAGUCAUGGUGUGUCCUGACGUCAUGUUCUUUCUCAGUAACCAUGUCAACAUGACUCGUGAAAGCUGGCUGCCCGUGGCACGUCGCUUUGUCCUCCAGAAGAUUUCUUACAGAGGAGUUCUGUUUAACUUUACAUGCGAAAAUAUCAACAUUAAUUGCGAUAACGUUCUCAAUAUUACCAGAUCCUUUCUACUCCCUCCUUGUUGCAUUAAUAUUGCUGAAGAACAACUAAAUAUGGUAGCCGACAUUGCUGAUAAGUACGACCUGCAGUACGAACUACAGUCGGGAUCUGUUUUGGGUGCUAUUAAAUUCGGUUCAUAUCUGCCUUGGGACACGGACCAUGAUAUUUUCAUCGAGUGCAAAGACUUUAAAAUUUGGUACCAGAAACUUACCCCUAUAGUAAAAGCUAAAAACUGUAUUCCAAUAACCAAAUACAAAAAUAUUUUCUUGAAGAUAAUGUGCCCUUCCUUCAAUCUGGAUAUUUUCUGUAGGAAAAAACUGAGCCGGAAGUUUCUCCCAGCCGAGUAUAUUGACAUUCCCACCACUAUAUGGUACUCAGGUCGCUGGGUCAAAGUGUGUGCCAAUCCUGGACUUUUCACCAGAAACCUCAUGGGCUUGGAGGUUCUCAAACACCUCCAACACUCUACUCAUGUCAAUGGUUUUGACAAAAAUGUUCGUCCUGGGUGGUGGCUGCCUUGCAGAAGUCCUCACCAUCACUCAUGUCUCGACCGCUUCCCUGCUGAUGGCAAUAUCCCAUUUAUCUUGACAUAGAGUCAGUUUGCCGUUAUCCUUGUCAAUGAUGCACACAGCUGAUUGUUGCAGAUCAUGGCUCCGUUUUUUUAUGUAAAUUUAAUUUUAAGUUUAAACUGGAGUAAAAUUACUGUGGUCUUACUGAUUCUAAUUAUUCAGUUUCCAAUUGAAGGAAAAUCUUUUACCGUAAAAAAAUCCAACCAAAGAAUCUGUUUCUGAGAAAUAAAAAUACAGCUUUUUAAAUGCAAUAAUGUUUUUACUCUUUUCUUUAUCAUAAUAACAUAUCUUCUUAUUUAUUGAAAAAAUAAAUUAUGUAUUGACGAGGAGAUUGGAAUAAUAAAAAAAAAAUUAAAGAAUGUAAGAAUAUUUUUCUUUCAUAUAUUCAACAACACAAGUUUCUCUGCUCUGUUGUAUAUAUAAGUCAAUUCACUACUCAUAUAUUAUUUAAUUACGGCGCUCUAGUAGGUGAAACAUGAGUAGUAG